GCACAGUCGUACAGCCGUGACGUCACUGUUGCCAUGGCGAGGCCCGAUGGGAACGGACAGCGAGCGAGCGGCAGGGGCCGCGGAGGACGAGCGAUGCUUUGAAGCCGCGUCCGUUAACACCAUGAGCGGCCGAAGUAGGGGUAGAAAGUCUUCCCGCGCCAAAGGCCGGGGCAAAGGCCGCGCCAAAGCCCGAGUCCGCGCUACUCCUGACCACGUCCCGCGCGACCCGGAUUCUCCACAGUGCCAGAGGCUCGGGGAGGAAACCCAAGCGGCACAGGUGCAGGCUGGCGCGGGUUGGGGUGGCCCGGAAAGUGCUGCGCCCGCUCCGUCCCGCCGGCUGGGGGAGGAAGGUGACUGCCGGCUCCCCCUGGACUGUGGCCUCGCGCUCCGGGCCCGGGCUGCGGGGGAUCGCGGGUACCCCGCGGACAGGCCCAGCCUGGGGAACGCCACAUUCCUCUCGGAGCGCCUAGCAGCAGACACUGUCUUCGUGGGAACCGUGGGAACAGUGGGGAGGCUGAAAAAUGCCUCCCGCGUUGGAAAUCGGCGUGGCCCUACUGGGAAGAAGGCCCCAGAAACCUGUAGCGCGGUGGCGAGGUUGCCUCAGGCCGUAGCUGGUGGAAAGCUGAAGAAAGGGACCACUGGGGAGUGUGCCUCCACCCCAGUGGUAGAGGAAAAGAAGGUGGAGAAGGACGCAGGGUCAGAGCCCCCGGCGACAGAUGGCAGCAUGGAUACCCUGGAGAACGUCCAGUUGAAGCUGGAGACCAUGAACGCCCAGGCAGACAGGGCCUACCUUCGGCUUUCCCGCAAGUUUGGGCAGUUGCGGCUGCAUCACUUAGAGCGCAGGAACCUCCUCAUCCAGAACAUCCCAGGCUUCUGGGGGCAGGCUUUUCAGAACCAUCCCCAAUUGUCAUCCUUUCUGAACAACCAAGAUAAAGAAGUACUCAGCUACCUGAAUAGCUUGGAGGUGGAAGAGCUUGGCCUCGCCAGAUUGGGCUACAAAAUCAAGUUCUACUUUGGGCGUAACCCCUACUUCCAAAAUAAGGUGCUCAUCAAGGAAUAUGGUUGUGGCCCUUCAGGCCAGGUAGUGUCUCGUUCCACUCCAAUCCAGUGGCUUCCAGGGCAUGAUCUCCAGUCCUUAAGCCAGGGGAACCCAGACAACAGCCGUAGCUUCUUUGGGUGGUUUUCAAACCACAGCUCCAUUGAAUCUGACAAGAUUGUUGAGAUAAUCAACGAGGAACUGUGGCCCAAUCCCCUGCAGUACUACCUUAUGAGUGAAGGGGCCAGAGCAGAAAAAGGAAAGGAAGGCAGGCAAGGUCCAGCAAGGCAGCCAACAGAGACCCCUGAGUCUGGGGUAAAUAAGUCCAAUUGAUCCUGCCCAACUCUCCCUGCUCCCUCCAGCUGCACCUGUGCCUGGCUGACCACGUUUGGCUGUCUGCCUUCUCUUCACGUUGGCCUCUGUGCACUGUCUUUACUUUGGACUUCACUUACAAGAAUAUGGAAUGUAUGAUCAUGUUCUUUUGCCUCCCCAUGGCCUUCUCGAUUUUCUCACAUUAAUGUCACAUGUUAUGUGAUCUCACCCCUACUGUUUCUAUUUAAACACACAUACUUAAGAGGUGUGCUGCCUUUAUCUACAUCGCCUGGGCCCUGUUCUUGGUUCUGGCCUUUCCCACCUGUCUCUAACAUGGACAGACACUCAUGAGCCAUCCUUCUGGAGGACCAGUGCAUCCUCACGUUCGGCUGCCUCAUGGCCAGUGACUUGCUGGGUUUCAUGUUCAUGCUGGCUGUGAAUGUCAUCUAUGGCAAGCUUUUCUGUUACCACUGCAAAAUGAAGUUGGUGCACAUGGCAUUGGCCAUCAACCAGAACUCUUCCAUGGCACUGGCUUUAUCAGCUGAGGUGCAGCCUACUGGCUUUGGCAGAGGUGCAUGCCACCCUGAUGGACAUGCAGCAGAAUGGCACUUGGCGUCUGGGCAUGGAUGAGGUUAAGUGUGAGAAGCAAUGUUCCAUGUGUUCUCUACCAUCAUGCAUCUCUUUCUGACUCUGGGCCUGUGUGUGGGUGAACCUGUAUCAAGGUUGUACCAUGCCCCAGCUCUGUUAGGCCUUUGAGUUUUGUCAAGGUUGCUGUCAGCCCCAGCUGGCUUCCUGGUCAACAAGGACCUCAAGAACUGCCUGUGGAUCCAGGCCCCCCACCAGUGCAUGAGAUACACAUGAGGCACAUCUACCUUCCCCAGCCUCCCAGGAACCCUAAUGGCUGCCAGACUGAUGGCAGGCUAUGUGUGAACAUGUGCUCACUGUCAUCCUGCGGUGGCUCCAGACAUGCACAGAAGUGGAGAGGAUGGUACCUGGACCCCAUGUGCCCAUCACCUGGCUACAUCAGUUACCAGUUAUGAUCAACUUGGUUUCUUCUGUAUCUCCUACUCCCCACCUGUAUUGUUUAUUGAAAGUCC